AUGCAGGAUCAUAGGAAGAAUCCAAAUUUUCCUUUGUCAAUAAUAUGUUCGUUAGGGAAUAUAACAACAACAAAGAGUACCUUUAAACAAUUUUUCAAGGAGAAGGAAAUAAAAUUAAAAAGCAACAAAUUUGCAACAUACAUAUUUUUCAAGUCCGUUUUUAUUGCAUUAGUCUUGUCUUUGUAUUGCCUUCUCCUACAAAACAUUAACACAUCUACAGGACCUAAAUAUGCACAUUCAUACUUAAAUAAUAGACAUUCGAGGAUAUUGUAUCCAGACAAUCCUCCAUUUUUGAAAGCAUUCCGAGCUAAUAAUGCUAUCCAAGGACAAAAGAAGAAUCCAUUUCUACUUAAUCAUAAUGAUAAUAAUAGUUCAUCUGGAAAUGUAGAUAACCAGAAUGAAGACUUAAAAAAGAAGAUCCCGAAAGAUAACCAAUUGAAAACCAAUACGGGGAAGCAAGAAGAAUAUAAUAAAAACGAAAUCAUGUUCCGUUGUGUAAACAUUGGUAAUUGCGAUGAUGUAACAGAAGACGAAUUAAACGAUAAGUUAAAUAACAUAAAGGGCGCGGUUAACAGCAGAACGAUGCAUCUCGUAUGGAAAUAUGUACAAAAUCAUGAGAAGGUAAAUUUUAUUCGCAUGCAACAAGAAAUACAGAAUUACUGUAAAUUGUCAGCUAAAUAUUAUAAUAUACCAGAAGAAUUUGACACAAAAAAAUGCAAACAUGUAGAUGAUAAAAUAACGAAUGCACUACAAAAAAGAGAACGUUUUGAUUUAAAAAAUAUAAAUGAAUUUGCUAAGGAGGACAUUUGUGCAAGGUGGGAAUUUCUGAGGUACAUCAAAUUGAAGAGAAGGUCAUGGAAAGAACUUCGAGAAUCCACACAGCAAAAGUGGGCAAACUAUAUAAAUGAUGUGUUCAAGAAUUAUAAAUCUAAAAAGUCAAUCACUGCAUUUGAUAAAGAUAACAAAGGUUUCCGGUUUCGCCCCUGGAUACCCAAGCACUGA